UAAUGAGUUCCAGCCAGUCUUGAAACAGAAAGCUAGACAAGGCAUUACUUGAAAUAGUUUCUGUAUGACAGCCUAGCAAUUUUUAGCUUGUUAUUUUACCAUUAAAAGAGAACACUCUCACUGCAGAAUUCAACUGAGCUAGAGAAGCUUCCUUUUUUCUUCUCAUUUUCCUGGGACCAUCUGGCAUUAUGCAUCUUUUGAAGCUUUUAAAGUGAUAUUACUGCCGGUUGCUGACUGAUCUCUUAAAAAAACAAAAAACCAGAUGCUCUGGUUGGGUAGGAGGGAAUGCAAUCUUAAGUUUAUACGGUUGUGAAUAUACACCCAGCCGAAGAGUUUAGAAUAAGCCUGAGGGACAAUUUAAAAUCAAAUAUAUGCAGAGAUUCAGCUUACUAGAAGUGGAGAGAGAAGCAAGGGGGGAGUAGGAGGCAAUGAGAGAGAGAGAGAGAGAGAGAGAGAGAGAGAAGAAAGAUUGUGGUCACCAGAACAAAGCUCUGAACCCAGGAGAUAUAAUUGCUGAGAUGGGCCCAAAGCAUGGAGAGUGAGAUUAAUAUUUACAAACAUUUCACGUGGCUGAACAGGUCUCAGGUGAAUCAUCCUACUGCUGUCAGUAAUGAAACAUAUCAAGAACGUCUGUCAAGAUUAGAAGGUGACAAAGAAUCUCUCAUAUUGCAGGUGAGCGUUCUCACAGACCAGGUAGAGGCUCAGGGAGAAAAAAUCCGUGACCUUGAGGUUUGUCUUGAAGGACACCAGCUGAAGCUUAAUGCUACGGAGGAAAUGCUUCAACAGGAGCUGCUGAGUCGAACAUUGCUGGAAACUCAGAAACUGGACCUAAUGGCAGAAGUUUCAGAUCUGAAAAUUAAGUUGGUUGGCAUGGAAAAGGAACAGAGCGAGUAUGAAGAGAAGCAGAGUAAAGCUGAGAGUUUAUUACAGGAACUGAAGCACCUAAAAAUUAAAGUUGAAGAACUAGAAAAUGAAAGAACUCAGUAUGAAUGGAAAUUGAAAGCUACUAAAGCAGAAAUAGCACAGCUGCAGGAACAACUAGCUCUAAAAGACUCAGAGAUUGAACGAUUACAAAGUCAGAUCUCAAGGACAUCAGUAAAUCAUGAAAUUGCAGAAAGAGAGGAAGUAUAUAGGCGAAGGCUAAAAGAAAAACAUCAAGAGAUCCAGCGUUUGAAAAUGGGAAUGGAAUCAUUGUUAGCAACAAAUGAAGAAAAGGACCACCGGAUAGAAGAGUUGACUGUUUUGUUAAGCCAGUACCGACAGGUGAAAGAAAUAAUGAUUGCGGUCCAAGGAACAUCGGAAAGAGCUUUGACGGGUUACAAUGAAGAUGAUCUUGAGGCAACUUUGAGAAAGUGGAACUCCACAAAUAAGACCUCGAUAGAGCUAUAUAAAUCUGAGGUACCUCAAGGGGAAUUGACCCAACCGAUGUUGCCACCUCCACCUCAAAAAAUGCUGGAAAUCAGCAAUGUGAUUAACAGAGGAAGCUCUCCAGUUCUUUCAAAUAACUUACCUUCUACAAAUGGGGAAAGCUUGGAACUCCGAAAUAGGGUUUUUCAGAAAAAAAUAUCAAGUAGUUUAGAAGACUUGCAAAGUGAAUCUCUGGAAAAGCAUAUAGAUGAGAAGCCAGUAGAACAUGAUAUAGAACAAGAGGAAAGCAAAUCUCAUGUGAAAAGCAGCAAGUACCAGACUUUGCCAGGGAAGCUUCUUCGUCCUGCACAUAAUGGUGACAAUAUGCCUGCCUCCCCAGAUGCCUGCCAUGUGAAUGGCAAUGAGGACAACAGCAUACAAAGCCUGAAUCGCAUCAGGAGUAUCAGUGCACCAGUAUUAGGAGAUUCUGAGAAUAUGGAUGGUACAAUGAAUUCAGAUGAUCUUUCACCCUUGUCAUCUGGAACAGAAUCAGGUGCACAGUCUCCACUAUCUCCAGAGAAUAGAAAAAGCCCAAAAGGAAUAAAGAAAAUAUGGGGAAAGAUACGUAGGACUCAGUCUGGCAAUUUUCCGGGAGAUGAUCUGGGCUUGGUUGAAUUUCGGAGAGGUGGCCUCCGUGCAACAGCUGGACCUCGAUUGUCUCGAUCAAAGGAAACCAAGGGACAGAAGAAUGAUCAUAAUGCCCCCUUUGCCCAAUGGGGCAAUGAACGAGUUUGUAACUGGCUUGAGGACUUCGGACUUGGUCAGUAUGUCAUUUUUGCACGGCAGUGGAUUACAUCUGGCCAUACUCUUUUAACAGCCACACCACAGGAUAUGGAAAAGGAGCUCGGCAUAAAGCAACCUCUGCACAGGAAGAAAUUGGUUUUGGCUGUUAAAGCUAUCAACACAAAACAAGACGAUAAAUCUGCACAGCUUGAUCAUCUUUGGGUGACACGGUGGCUUGAUGACAUAGGUCUACCUCAAUACAAAGACCAGUUUCAUGAAUCAAGAGUAGAUGGCAGAAUGCUGCAAUAUCUGACGGUGAAUGACCUCCUGUUCCUCAAAGUCACCAGCCAACUGCAUCAUCUCAGUAUAAAGUGUGCCAUUCAUGUGUUGCAUGUGAAUAGUUUCAACCCUCACUGUCUACGGAGGCGGCCAGCAGAUGAGAAUAACAUUUCACCAUCUGAAGUAGUUCAGUGGUCCAAUCACAGAGUGAUGGAGUGGCUCAGAUCAGUAGAUCUGGCAGAAUAUGCACCCAACCUUCGAGGAAGUGGAGUUCAUGGUGGCCUCAUUAUCCUUGAGCCUCGUUUCAAUAGUGAGACUCUGGCAAUGCUUCUCAACAUUCCUCCUCAAAAAACGCUGCUAAGACGCCAUUUAGCCACUAACUUCAAUGUGCUAAUUGGACCAGAGGCACAACAGGAGAAACAGGAAAUAAUGGAAUCUACUGCUUACACACCUCUGACUACCACUGCUAAAGUUCGGCCAAAGAAACUUGGAUUUUCACAUUUUGGAAACUUAAGAAAAAAGAAAUUUGAUGAAUCUACAGAUUACAUUUGUCCUAUGGAUGGAAGUCUAAACACAACCAAUGGAACUCAGAAGAGCUACAGUGCAUACAAAGUACAUAAUGUGCUUCCUGACAAAGAAUUAGAAAAACUGGAUCAGAUGGAACAUUCUGAAGGGACAGUAAUGCAAAUAGGGGAACUUUCUCAAGGAAUAAACAACCUCACGACUAUGCUCAGCCAAGACCAGAUGCUGAAUAAUGAUAGAUUUUUAACACCAACUUUUGAUGAGUGGAGAUGAAGAUUCCAUGUGACCAACAUCACCCUAAUACCUUGACUGAUUUUUAGAGAAAUGGGUGGUACAGGCUGGGUGCUAUAUUUAAGAAUUUGCCAUUGAAAUUUAGAGAUUUAAAUGCUUUUUCUCAUGUACCAUGUAAGGAUUAAAACAAACACUCCACAGUCUAGGUAAUUUAACACUUGCUUCAAAGAAUCUAUGCAACACUUCUAGAAAAGGUGGGGAAAUUAGGGUGUGUGUGUAUUAAUCAUAGAAAGACAUUUAGUUGUCAGUGAUUCAUUUUCUAUAUUUUGUACUCCUGAAAACUUGGCUAUCAUACAGACAUUACUUUUCUAAGGCAUAAUUUCUUCGUGAGUGAUUUUCUUUCAAAUAUGCCUUAAGGCUCAUGGUAUAAAAACAGCUAAUACCUAGGAUUAGUUAUUUAACAGAAGUGAUAAAACUGCAAUUAGUAAUUAGAACUCCAAACAGCAGAAGUAGUAAUUCCCAGCCUGCACUUUGUAUCUGCAAUAACAGAACCUCUACCUAUGGAAGACAACUAGAUAUGCAGGCUGUCUUCAGGACUAGGUGUGCUACAAUAUAUAUUUUUCAUCAGGACUUCAAGUACUCCAGCCUUAUUCAAGAGAGAAAGGGCAACUGUUAAACCAUAUGCCUGAUGCCACCCUUGAGAAUCACAUUUGCAGUUCUUUUAUGCUGAAACGAUAAUGGGACACCAGCAUCAUAUUUUAGUUUCAUUUUACAAUUCAGCUCAGGUUUCUUACUGCCGAAAGAUUUUGCUCUAAAAAGACAUUCCAAACAUCCUCUGUUAUUUCAAUAAAAAUGCCAGUCUGGUG